AUGCGUGCGUUUUCUUCUUUGCCAUGGCGCCGGGAUUUUGCGCGUCUCUCUCGAGCCCUAGCGCGCCCGCAACGAUUCGUCACUGGCGCCGAGAGAUUCUCACAGCUCCAACUAUUCCCGGCAAUGCGGCUCCAUCGCUGAGAAGGAAUGCGAACACUCCUCUAGUGUUAUAUGCAACCAGGCUCUCUACUUUGAGGACACUGUUGCAUUGCAUGCCAAAAGACACACAAGAUGAUCACAAUGAAUCGACAGAACAAAGCAUUGGAAUUGUUGCCGAGAAGCUCGUGGAAGCUGCUGCUAUUUCAGUCUCCACUGUUGGCGAGAUCGAGAUCGAGGACGUUCCAGUCACGAAGCCAGUCAUAGAAAAGGAGGCGGCCAUUAAGACAGUCGUAUUUUGGGUGACUGCUGCAGCCGCUUUUGGAGCAUUUGUUGGUGUCACGGAAGGAUCAACAAAAGCGUCCGAGUUUUUUGCGGGAUAUCUCUUGGAGCAAAGCCUCUCGGUCGACAACCUCUUCGUUUUUGUUCUUAUUUUCAACUAUUUUCAAGUACCACUUCAGUAUCAGAGUCGCGUUCUCACGUAUGGAAUAGCUGGAGCUAUUGUUUUUCGGGCUACCAUGAUUCUUCUCGGCGUUGCUACUCUAGAGAGAUUUGAAGUUGUCAACCUCUUGCUUGCGGCCAUACUCCUCUUUUCCUCUUAUAAGCUGCUUACAGGCUCGGACGAAGAAAACGAUUUUUCUGAGAACUAUAUUGUGAAUACAUGCAAGCGCUUUAUUCCCGUGACCCCCGAUUACGACGGGCAAAAAUUCUUCACUACGAUUGAUGGCGUCAGAAUGGCGACACCGCUGCUUCUCACGCUGGCCGUGAUUGAGCUAAGCGACAUUGCUUUCGCCGUGGACUCGAUUCCAGCAGUGUUUGGCGUCACCAGAGAUCCCUUCAUUGUCUUCUCCUCCAACCUCUUCGCCAUUCUUGGAUUAAGAUCACUGUACACAUUGAUUUCGAGCAGUAUGGCCGAGCUCGAAUACUUGCAACCUGCCGUAGCUGCCAUCCUGGGCUUCAUUGGAGCGAAGAUGGUGCUAGAUUUCUUUGGUCUUCACGUACCAACAGAGGUAUCUCUAGGCAUUGUAGCAACCACACUCGGCGCUGGAGUGUCUCUCAGCCUUCUUCGCCCACACGACGACGAGCAGAACGACUGAUCCUUGUAGCUGCGGCAUAUUCGUUUUUGAGUGCCGAAUAUUCGCUUUUACAAGCCCUAAAAGGCAACGGCACAUUAUUCGAGCAAA